CCAGGUGCUCACACGUCCCAUCUCCUAGAGCCCACUUGGGCUGCCCGCUCCGCUCGCUUGACCGGACGCGCCUUAUCCAGUGUAGGACCGCACAUCGCCGCUGCUGCAGUCCUCACCAUCUCCGCGAGGACGGGGAAGAAUGUCAACUCCUGGCCUCGCAACGGGACAAGGAUCAGGUCCCAGCCUCCAGCCACCCCUUCACGACCCUUUGGCUUCUUCCAACAAGGUGACGGGAGCAGGGCUACCACGCAAGCGGGGCGCAUCGGCCACGCCUGAUGGCAUCGCAGAUAAGAGGAACAGACCCGAUGAUAGCAGGCCGGGACAAGGUGCUACAGACUCAGGAAUGGGAAGCCCAAGCAAUUCACGCGGAGAUAGGCUGAUGAACGAGCGCCUUUGGGGCGAAGAAGCUACAAAACUGGACGUGUAUGUCUGGGACUAUCUCACAAGAAGAGGGUUCAAUGGAGCCGCAAAGACACUAGUCUCCGAGGCUCAGAUGAACGAGCCGCCAGACGUACCGCUGAAGACUCCCCAAGGACUCUUGUUCGAGUACUGGGCUAUCUUCUGGGAUGUAUUCGCUGCUCGUUCGGGACGUGGCACUCCAGAUGCUCGGGCUUAUCUUGACUUUGAAGAACAACGUCAGACACAACGGCAAAGCGAUAGCAACAGGCGUGGCGAGGCCGGAGAGGCUGCCGGUGUUGGAGUAGGCUCCUCGACCGAGAUCGGUCGUUUCCCCUCGAUGGUCAUGGGCAAUGGCUCCGGCACUCAGACCGACGGCUUAGCGGCUCCCGCUGCCCUCGCUGUUCAGCAGAGGGCGGCAAUGGCCAACACGUUCAACAAUGGCGCAGCACCAGGAGCAGCUCAACCCAUGGGACCCGCAAUCACCAUUGCAAACCUACCACAGCAGCAACAGCAGCAGAUCCUGCUACAGGUCGCUCGCCAACGCGGAAUUCCCAUCGAAGAAGUGCGGCAGUACAGUCCGGCAAUGCGCCAGUCUUUACUCAACUCUGCCAUGCAGCAGUCGCAGCAGCAAAACCAACAGCAUUUGCAAGGUCAGCCGCCACAAAAUGCUCAGACACAGCAGCAGUCACAACAAUUACAGCACGGGCAGCCGAUCAUAUUUGCUCCCGGAGGUCCUGGAAGUCAACCUAUGAGAAUUGCCCCCGGCCAUCCUCAAUAUGAGCAAGUCUUUCAGAGCAGACUGGCCCAGCAAAAGGCUCUACAGGCCCAACUGGGAAAUCGACCACCUUCUCGAGGCCCUCAGGUAGGUGGCCCUCCGGCAGCUUUGACAGCUCAGGGUCCCAAUAGAGUCAGCAUGCUCCCACCAGGAGCUAUCGGCUCGCCGGCAGCUGCAUUACAGCCUGCGACUCCUAGUGCUGGUCCUGCCCAAGUGGGAACGCCAGGCGCAGGCGGGGUGCAAGAUGCUGGAAGGCAGCAGUUGGCCCCACAGAUGCAACAGCAGCAGCAGCCGGUAGGCGGCGCGUUCCAAGGAGCAGGAGGACCACUGCAACAGCCGCAACAGCAGCAGCAGCAACCUUCGACUCCUGGAGGCGGCACGGCUCCCCUCGGCACUGCAAGGGCGGAGCUCCCGCCUCAGGCCAUGUUGCCAGAGCAUCUUCGGAACAAGCCUGUUCUCAAUGCAGCGCAGCACAGUGCUCUGAUCUCUCAACUCCAGCAACUGCAUGAGAAUAUACGCCAGGAAGGGUCAAAAGCUCAAUUCGCCCCGAAUCAGAUGAUGGCGCAGCAAUUCUUCCAGAAUGCGAGCUCGCUGCAAGCAAAGGCACAGCAUCUUCAAGAAAUUCUCAAAGUUCAGCCUCUACUGCAGCAAGCUGCCGCCUCCUUUGCACAGCAGCAGGCACAAGCGAGGAAUGCAGGGUCUACGCCCGGGGGACCUGGUGCCACAGCCAAUUCGGGUCAAAUGAACCCACCUUCAACUACGCCGCUGAUGCAGAAUGGCGUGCUGAUUCCUCAGCAACGGACUCAGUUGUUGUCCCAGCAGCAGCAACAGCAGCAAGGAUUGUCCGGCCGUCAGGACGUUCCUGGCAUGAACGGACAGCUACAAGUCGGUCAGGUGGGACAUCAGCGACCGCAGACGGGCGAUCAACAGUCACAAAUGGGAACGCAGAUGUCGGGCGGUCAGCAACAGCAGACGCCGUUCCAGCAAGGGAUGGCAGGCGGCCCUCAUCAGGGCGGUGGCACGGGAGAUUACACUUCCGUCGAGCAACCACGCUCUCAUGCUGUGCAGUUCACCGGUAACCCUUUCGGUCGACCCGGAGGUAUGCAGGGCCAGCCUACGGGCCCACAGCAGUUCGGUAUGAACCGUGGGUUGGGCAACAACGAGGACCAAUCCCAUCAUGCUAUGCAGCAAUACGGUACCCAUGGCGCAGCGGGCCUCGGACGCCCAGCUUUGGCGCGAUCCGCAUCAAAUGCAAUGGGCGCCGGGCCUUCAACCUCCAGUCCUAGCCCCAGAAAUCCAUCUGUCGGCAAUGGCUUGCAGGGAAACAAUGCCAAGCCCCCGGCCUCUGCAAAUUCUCCCGCUGCAAUGAUCCCCAGUACCCCCAAGCAAGCUGCUGCCGAAGUGAAGAAAAAGAAAGAGCCAAACAAGGCAAAUCGAAAGAACUCGAAAGCUGUCAAGACACCUCAGCUGGGCCACGCUCUUGUUCCGUCGGGCAACGGCGGGGAUGCUUCGACACCCGGUGGUGGCGGUCAAGGGGCAAGCGCCGGCGGUGGCAGUGGCGGUGCGCCGCAGACGCCUUCCAGCAACCAACCGACACCGAGAGUGGAGCAUCAACAAAUCAACAAGGCACAACAACCGCCCCCAAGUCGCAGUGGUACCGGUGGCGGUGGAAACGAAAGUGGCAGCGGAGAUAUCAAUGGCAGCGCCAACCAUUCCAUGGACUCGCAACAGCCUUCUGGUCUGACCAGCUCUGCCUCGAUGACAAACUUCGACGCAUUUGCUCCAUCUUUGGACGGGCUAGGCGUAUCCGGAGCGGGCGUCGGAGCUGGCUCGACUAGCAACGCCGAUGCCUCAAAUCAGAGGGGAAGCACAGACGCUGGCCUGAGCAAUGAAGACUUCUCGAGCCUCUUUGCCUCGAAUGAGUUCUUUGACUUUGAUGCUGGAGGAUCGAGUAGUGGAGGAGGGCCCAAUGGAGGCAAUGGCGGAACUGGCAACUUCGAUUGGGAUAUUAGCAGUCUUUCGGGAAUGUUUGGAAACGAAAUGGCUGGUGGAUCUUGAGCUGCGAUGGGAUAAGGAAGACGAAAAGGUGUCCCACAAGGAUGCGAUUACCUUUUAAGAGGUUGCACACAAGUGCAGAUGCUACGUUUGGACGACAUCGAUGCAUUACGAUGUUGACGCCUACCCAAAAACAACAGGGGCUUCAUACACGCUGUUUCCCCCCACCCCUGGCCCUCUACUACGGCUCGUUAGUCCGCCCCGUUCCCCCAUUCUUUCAUGUUGUACCGCUAGCAGUGCUAGGAAGAAAGUCCACGUCACUUCCCCUUUCCCCCCCCCCUCCUCUCUGUAUCUCCCUCUUCUUCGCUCCUUCGCUCCUUCUA